AUGGGUAGGUCUCUCCACAUACCUGGGGUGUUCUUCCUCUUUUGCGCGCUGGUGCUGCUGUGCCUGGUGUCGAUAUCGCUGCCCUUCCUGCCUGCCCUCGAUAUUGCGCGGGUGCGGGCGAGUCAGAGUGGAGCGAGCUUUGUGACGGAUGUUAGCGUGGAGGCGGUCGUGGGGCUGAGGGUGAUGGCUACAGCGGCAGGAAAUGUGUUAAUGAGCCUUUUUCGCGUGAAGGGGAGCCUGUUCGUAUGGAGUCUCGACCGGACAGUGCGAAUGUACUGUUGCAAGUUGCGUAGUCCCUACAGCAUCAGCGUAUACAACAGCGGCGGCAACAGUUCUCUCACCAUAGAACCCCCUUGGACCCGUGGUCUCGCUGUGCAUCCUAUUGCUACUGGUGUGACGCUCAUCGCUUUGCUGCUGUCAUGCUUUACCCACGCUUUCUUCAUUUUUCUGACCACUCUCACCGCGUUCAUCGCGAGCCUGCUUGCAUUUAUCGCCUUCGCCGCCGACAUUGCGCUUUACGCGCACUUGAAGCACGAGAUGGACGGUCUUUCCGACAUAGAGCUGACCACUGAUGCAGAGGCUGCGUUUUGGAUGACGUUCGUCUCGUUCGUACUCUUAUGCCUCGCAGGAUUUAUGAUUUGUCUCGGUCGUCGACGCGAUCGUAUGGCCGGCGCUACAAAUUACGCAAUGCCUUCGAGUAAAACAUCGCUGUCAUGGAGGAGGAAGAGAAGGAGAUUCGACACGGCUUAG